AUUAAAUUCGUAAAGCUUCAGAUGUUUUCGUACGGAUGACAUUUCACUUUAUUUUCAAUAUCAAAUCAAAUUAUCAAGUGAAAAUUGUGACAGCGAAUGAUGGAUCCUAAUAUUGAUAAAAGCACAUUUGAUGACAGAGGUGUUUUUGAAGAAACGAAUAACAAGACGUGCAACCGGAAAAAGGAGGCAGAGGCUGAGAAAAAAAAAAGUUAUAAUCAGUGCGGACAAACGGCCGAAAGAAAGUCUAUGUGCCGUUGUGGCCAGGGAAUCAGAAGUAGAAAUAGAACUAGAAGUAGAAAAAGAGCCAUAAGACGAAGAAUUAUCUCACAUAAUCCCUAUAUCAUCUUUUAUCUUGAGAUGUAUUAUGCCUGUAAAAAACAAAUGCCUUGCAAACGUAUGACAGAAAUCGCCCGUCAGGCUGGCAAGGAAUGGUGCGCUUUGCCUGAGGAAAAGAAGAUGCACUACGUACGUCUGGCAGAAAAAGAAAAGAAAAGACGAAAAAGGUAUGGGAGGGGACAGAGGAGGAGAAGAAGAAGAUGCAGAUGUUAUUGAAAUAGUGUUUAGACAUUCUAAAAAAAAAAUCUGUCAGUUAU